CAGCACCGCAACAGCACGUAAACGUAAUUUUGAUAUGAUUUCGUAAAACGAGUUCAGUUUAUUUUAAUACUCAAUCCAACCAAUGAAUGAAACUAGCAUCACAGCUAGGUCGAACACUGCAACAGGAGCUGGCACGGCCAGAGUAGAGGAGUAGAGGAGUCCAAUAUUUAGAAGGCCCUCAACGAAAAUGAUGUACCUGCGCCGCCUAUUCACCCAAGAACUAUGUCCUGCCACCCAGAGCGACCUGUUGGGCUGCCUUCAGCAUGCACCGCAACAGUUAUUGUGUGGCGGAUUUGCAGGCUCGCCCGGUUUGGAGAGUCUAUCCUGGUUACACAAUCUGGCGCCAUGCUUUCCUCUUCGAGGCGAUCAGAUACAGGUCAUACACGAGCCUCAACACUUCUAUCAAACGCUGAUACAGCGCAUCGCUCAGGCCAAGCGACGCAUUGUGCUGGCCAGCCUGUAUCUGGGCACAGGUCAGCUGGAGAGCUCCUUUGUGCAGACGUUGCGUCAUAGCCUGCAGGCGGAGUCUUCAUUGCGCCUAAAUGUGCUAUUGGACUUUACACGCGGCACACGUGGUGCGGCGAACUCCAAGACCAUGCUCCUACCUCUGGUGCGCGAAUUUGGCGAACAGGUGCAAUUCUCGCUGUACCAUACGCCGGAUUUGCGCGGCAUGACCAAACGACUGGCGCCGCCGCGCUGGAACGAACUACUGGGACUACAGCACAUGAAGGUGUACUUGUUUGACGAUGCAGUGAUCAUAUCUGGGGCUAAUUUGUCCAACGACUACUUUACAAAUCGUCAGGAUCGUUACAUACUUAUUGAGGACAAACCGCUUGCAGAUUUCUAUGCGCAGUUCAUUGAGCGUGUGCAGGAGUUCAGCCUGGCUGUCGGCGCAGAUGCGGUAGAGGGACUGCAUCAUAGCUGGCGCAUACUGCCAUACGAAGGCACAAAAGAUCAGUUCAUUCGUCUGGCCAAGGAGCGUAUUACAAAUUUCGUUCAGGAAGCGUACCAAAAGCAAUUGCAGCUCAGGGAUCAGAACACACAAGCGGACACGUGGGUGUUUCCUCUGCUGGAGAUGGGCCAGAUUGGCAUACACCAUGACAGCGUGGUGACUAAGCAGUUGCUCUCUAAAUGCAUUGCUGGUUCACGCCUCAAACUGGCCACCGGCUACUUCAAUCUCACGCAGGAGUACAUGGACACCAUCACGCAUAAAUGUCUGGCGCAGUGUAGCAUUCUCAUGGCUCAUCCAAAUGCCAAUGGUUUCCAAGGUGCCAAAGGACCCGCCGGAGGCAUACCUGCUGCCUAUACACUGAUUGCGAAAAGCUUCUAUGAGAGUUUGGUGCGACGAAAGCAAAAUCAUCGAGUCAAUUUCUUUGAGUACGAGAAACCUGGCUGGACGUACCAUGCGAAGGGACUCUGGUAUUAUUUGCCCGAGGCUCGACUGCCCAAUUUGACGCUAAUCGGUUCCUCAAACUUUGGCGAGCGCUCGGUCAAUCGUGACCUGGAGACGCAAGUUUGCCUGGUGACCGCUAACAAAGACCUCAGCCAACGCCUUCAAAAUGAGGCGGAUCGCUUAUACGACAUGUCCACGACAGCGGAGCGUGAGAUUGUCCAGAGAAGUGUGCCUCGAUGGGUGCAGGCUGUGGUGCGCAUAUUUAGAAAUUUUUUUUAGUUAAUAUAGUCCACAUACUUAGUUCAAUUUGUUGAUCUUAUGGGUCAGUUACUAUAGUCUCCAAUAUGUGUAUUGUUUUGAGUUCUGGUUGUGCAUAUUGCUGUAAAUUAAUUUUUUACUCAGUCAU